AUGCCAGGUGCAAGCAAAGGCAAAGGUAAAGGCCGCGAAGCCCGCCCUUCGCGUAGCCGCAACACCACCCCCAGUUCCAGUUUCAGCGCUGCGCCAACCUCCGCUGCUACUCAGGCAAGCUAUCUCGAUAACGAUGUCUCAAAGCUGCUCAUCCCGGGUACCAUCCAAUAUGGAGAAAUUCUCGAUCGCAUGAACGGAGUUGGCCCAAUUCCAGAUUCCAAGUCGCUCGAGUCGUUGAUGGAACAUCUCAAGACCCUCAGUCAGCUGGCAGAGGCUCGUAGUGAUGCGUGCGAUGCCGGUAUCAGAGAGCUUUCGCAGAAGCGCAAGGAAGUUGUUGAGGAGCAAGACUCUUACGAUCGCGAAACCACAUUGAAGAUGAAGCGCGAGGCUGAUGAUGAGGAAGAGGAGCCUUCCAGAGCGUCCAAAGGAGGGAAACUCAAGAAGCGCAGGGAGCGCGGAGGAAGCACAAAGGAAGACCGUCCGUUGGCUCAUGGUGCCCAUGACAUCGCCAGACAGGAUGGUGGUGAAACUAAGGUUGAGGGAGCACUCGCUGCUCUCCCCGGCCCAUCUCCCAUUAUAAACCCAGCUAACGAGUCCAAUCUAGCCGCUUCCCCAGCCUCUAAGAAGUCGAAAAAUAUGGCCGCCGAAGAGCCUUCUUCCCUUUCUCCCCCGUCCCUCACUUCUCCCAAGCCUGCCGUGACCGCUGCCGAAGCUGCUGCCGAUGAUGAAUCUGCCUCGGACGAAGACAUCGAUGAGCAUCAACCCGACCCUGCUCCUGCCAUCCCUCAGCUUCAAGUUUUCGGUUCUAAUCCACUUAAAUUCGAUGACCCGACCAUCUAUCACAUUCGCGAUGUCACGCCUGAGAUGAUGGAUGAUGAGAAGAAGGAUAUAUACUGUGUCAAUCGGUUCCCUAGAAGUGAUCUCAGUCAUAUGAUGGCGGGUGUCCCUCCCGAUAAGGAUUUCAGUAAUGCCAAACCUACCAACCAGGUCAGCGCCAACACUUUUCUCGCUUACAUCGAUCCUUAUGUUCGACCUUUGACCGAGGAGGACAUUGCAUUCUUGAAAGAAAAGGGUGAUCGAACUACCCCUUUUAUAAUGCCUCCUCGUGGCAAGAAACAUUACACUGAGAUCUGGGCCGAAGAGGAUGGACUGAUGAACGUUGAUUCAGCCAAUGGCGAUCGCGAACAUCUCCCCCUUAACCAGGGGCGCGGAAGCAUCGACCAAGUCACCGAUGAGACUGUUGAAACCGACAAGGUCUCUGUCGGGCCCCUGGUCAGCCGCCUCUAUUCCCUCCUUCGUUAUGAACACCGUGCCGACCCCGAGGAUACAUCUGCUACUGGCGCUACCAAUGGAGAAGGUUCUUCCAGCGGCUUUCUCGGAGAAUCUAUGGACAUUGAUCAACCAGCGGGCGACUCUGAAAACAAACCACUUCCUUCGGCAACCUCAUUCCCCGAUGCUUCCCCCAGCGGCUUCAAAGUCCCAGCAGCCAAACUCGACCAUGCCCAGCUGGAUGAGCGCCUCAAAGCAGAGCUUCGUCAUAUCGGCUUCCUCGGGGCAGAUGACAAUCCGGACUACGAUGCUCACUACGACGAUGACAUUGCACAGCGCCUGCGUUUGCUGCAGAGUGAACUGAAGAAACAAAUGAUCGUCAAUCAUGCGCGUAAAACGCGUCUUCUGGAUAUCGCUCGCGAGCGCAUGGCGCACCAGGAAUACACCACAAUCCACGACGAUCUCGACUCCCAGGUGCAGCAGGCCUAUCUCAAGCGUACCCGCACUCUAGGCAAGAGCAAGAAAGGCUCGCAGGCGAAGCACCGACCUGGCGGAGCCGGCGGAGCCGGUGUCGCCGCAGCCGGGGUGGGCCGCCCUGCCAUCGGCGAUGUGGCCCGCACACUCAUGGACCGUCGCAAGCGUUGGCAGGAGUGCAUCGGGCCUAUCUUCAAGGACUCGAAGACCUCGGUCCCGAGCAAGGAGGAGACCAUCUUCGACCCAGCUGUCAUGGCCGAGUACGAGAAAACCGAACUCGAGGGCUGGGACGAGGAGCAGGAGUAA